AGAAAAUCCCUUUGUUCAAUGUGCAAAAAAAAUUGUUCAAUUAUUUCAAUAAAAAAAUUUGGCUCAUUUAGUGAAAAGUAAUUUCCUGUGCCACAAUGAAAAACUAUUUAAAGGUUGGGUUACAAAAUGAAAUACAGUAGGGAAUAGAAACGUUAAGCUACUAUUCGAAAUUUCAUGCGAACGAACCUUAACUUGUGAAAGUUGUGCAGUAAAAAAAGUGAGAAUUUUUUUCGUCGACGCUUUUUUAGUAAAAAACGGCGCCAUUUUAAGAAUGUAAAUGUGAAUUUAACAUACACAUCUAACUAUAAGUACAAGAAAAGCAUAGAGUGAAAAUAGAUGAACUGUUGGAUUGUGCUUCUUUUAGCAACUUUUUUUUUUUUUUUUUUUUAAGUUUUUUUAUUAACAAAAAUGCAGGAAAUGUAUUGUAAAAGAAGAAUCGUUUAAAAUAGCAGUGGAGAGGGAGUAAAAAUUUUCCUAAAAGUUGUUCAAAAUACAGCCUACGAAUGGUAAUCUUGAGAACAAAAGUAGUUUUCAUAAGUAAAUAAUGAACAAAUUGAAUGAUGCCACCACAAAAAAUGUUUUGGAAGGGCAGCAUCAACAACGAGAAGCAGCAAAUGGUCAAGACAAUGAGUUUGUUAGCAAUACAGCAGCCGGCGAAAAUCUACAAAAAGAUAAGCAUAAAAAACGUCACGAAAAGAAGAAAAAUACGAUUGCCACUCCUACAAGUGGAAUUUCGACAUCAGACCCUUGUUCAACGUCGGCAACGAAACCAUCAAAUAAUAUUUCACAUGUACCAUCAAUUCAAAUACCAUUAGCAACACAGUUUAGCAUACAACGAUCCGAUUCGGAUGGCUGUUUGCGCAUGAAAAUAUCGGCCAUAAGACCCUCAAAUAUAUCAACAUAUACCGCCAAUUAUAAAAGCGGCAAAGAUCAAAACAAUACUAACUUAAUCAGUGGAACAAAACUUAAAAAUUUCGAAACCAAAUCGAAAUCAUCAGAAAAUCAAUUAAUGAACUCCUGUAACAAUAACAAUAAUUUGGAAAGUUUAAAAGCAAAAAUUAUUUCUAAACCUGUUAUUACGGAAUCGUGUGAGGUGCGCAGCAAAGUUAAUGAAAAAUUAGACAAUAUGUCUGCUACAGUUCAACAAACGCUUAAUGACUCUAGGAAUACUGCGCACAUGAGUGCGGUACCUUCUUCGGAAUGUAUAAGUGAUGCAACCGACUCAGGUUGCUCAGAGGCUACUAACACAACUACAGCAAAUGGUUUGGAAAAAACCGCUAAACGAAUGAAAAUCAAAAGAAAAAAAUGUCAGCUUAAGGUCAGCGAUAGCAAAAGACCUCUUAAGCAAUUGCGAACACCGGAAAUAACAAAAAUUAACAUGUUUUCUACUGAUUCUGAAGAUGAGCCGCUAAGCAAUAAAAUUCCACAAAAGAUUCAACUUCCGCAGCAAAGAGCUCCGCGUUUAUUAUUGACAGCUAUCAGUUCAAAGAGUUCGUCUUGCGUCACAACAAAUACAACAAUAAUUCAAACAAAUUCAACAAACGCUUCAACUGAUCGUAUAGGGCUAUCAUCAAGUGACAACGAAUUACCCGAUUUGGUAAGUGCGGCGAUUAAACGUGUCGUUGUAGAGAGCGAUGAAGAUGACAAUAUAUCAACGGCAGUGCUUUCUAAAGCUAAAUCAAGGCAACUGCCGCAAUAUCAAUCCACUUUAUUGCAGGACUUCAUGGAAAAAACACAAAUGUUGGGUCAAACGCCUAACACAAAAUCCGAUAAUGCGGACACAAGUAAACAAAAAUUAUCUCCUACGCGGGCUGACAUACAGGCCCAUUUCAAUAUGAACUCUCAAUCUGAUAAUAUAGCUUCCGGCAACAGUAAUAACAAACGAAGACGAGGGAGACCUAAAAAGCCUUUUAAACUUACUACUGUAUUGAAUUUAAAUUGCACUACUGAUGCAAUUAACAACAAAAAAUCAUUAACCUGUGCCUCAAACAUAAAUGAAUCCGCAGAUUCGGGAGUGGUGUCUACCACCAGCGUUUCAACACAAAGUACCUCGCCGCAACCCGCCACUACAAUAGCGUCAUUAAAUGAGAUGCCAAGCAUUCAUUCUCCGCAAAAAUCUCAAACGCACACGCCAGAGAAAAAUGUUACUAAUAAUGAUGCCUCGACCUCUAAACCGAAAAUUGACAUAGCUUUGCUUGACAAACGGAUGUACGCAACUGAACGAGUUCUUUAUCCGCCCCCAAAGAAUAAAAGAAGGCAAUCGGUGUGUGCAUCCGUAGUUCUUGAAAAGCGGUAUGGAUGCUCGAAUCUGAAUAUAAGUGCUGGAAAAACCAGCAAAGAUGACCAGCAGUUGGAUCCAGCAUGGCGUAAAAUCGAUAUAAAUCGUAAAUUCAGAAGGCCUAGUGUGGCGAGUGCUGGUUACAAGAGUGAUGGUGCAGACGAUCGAAUCUGCCGUCCAAGUAAGUCGACCAUUUGUAGUAAAAUUUUAGCAGCCAAAAGUGGAUAUGUGUCGGAUUACGGCAGUUCCGCAUUUCACGGCCGUUUAUCACGCCACAUUCGUCACGGAGGUCACAAUUCCGGUUACAAGAGCGACGCCAGUUGCAAAAGUCGUUAUAGCACUAAGAGUUGUGUUUCACGUCGUAGCCGAGCCAAAUCAUGUGGGUAUCGCAGCGAUUGUAAAGAAAGUGGGGCAAAAUCAUCAAAGUUUCGUCGGAAACGUCGCGAAUCUGUUGCACAAAAGUCGCUAGGUUCACUAAAGGAUGAACAAGACAUUUUGCAAUUGGCUGGGCUAUCUUUGGGGCAAAGUAGCGAAGAAAGUAAUGAGUAUGUAUGUAAACCUUCCCUUGAAAAAUUGCCCACAACAAGUGCAUCCAAAAAAUACGGAGAAAUUAAUCGUUAUAUUGCUACGGGAGAGUAUUUCGGUAGAGGUAGCGCCAAUACCGGAAUUGUCAAUACAUUUGCAAGUUUAAAUUCAAAGGCACCUAGGCUUUUCGACACACUUGGCACUUUGAACGUUUCACAUCCUAGUGCCAACAAACUAUCGCUAGUGCAGCGGAAAAAUUCUACCACCUCAGAAUUUAUACCCGAUAUUCUGCAGUUGUCAAGCACAUCACAAGCAGUUCGAAAAAUCAAGUCUCGACGAUCUUCAGUGGCAAGUUACUGUAGCUCGUAUUAUUCGGGAACUUCAAAACUCAAGAGGAGAAGGAAACGGAAAACUUUCCGGUUUCCCAAUCCAACGUCAAGCAAGAACGCAAUUAUUGAUUCCAAGUUAUUGACUGAAGUGGAGAUACUUACCAACUCCUUUGCGUCACGUUGCCGUAUUCAGCCUGGAAGUUUACCGGCACCUAUUGGCAGUACUUCUCAAAAAGAGAAAUUGAUGGCAGAAGCCAGCAAGUUGCAACAAAGUUUGGUUGCAGCUGCUGCAGCGGCAGUUGCCACCAGUAGCAGCAGUAGUAAACGCGAGACGCGCGAUAAAAGAACCGUAAAGAAGCGUAAAAUUAAUGAGAAUUUAGAUUUUGCAAUUCUUUCUGCCUCUGCAGCUGCGAACGCCUUAACUUCUAGUGGGGGAGGGAAUUCGAAACGCCGCCACAAGAAGGCUAGCAGUUCGAGCCCCGAUGAUCACACGUUGCCUUUAAAGAAACGACACUACCUGCUUACACCUGGUGAUAAAUCCAGUGAGGUAGCAGUAGCUGUAGCUGCCAAAUUGUUCGCAAACAAUGCGGAAGCCUGGGCCGCUGCAGCGGCUGCAGCUAAAACUACAGCAUGCACAAAAUCACAACAGCAAUUCAAUGCGAAAACAGCCAAAGCGAAUUUAACGCCAAAAAAGCGGCACCUUCUUCAGCAGUCAUCUUCUGCCGGCACAAAUGAGGAUGCCAAUAGUGUGAAGACAACCAGCACCAAUUCGUCGCUGAGAGUAACAGUCGGUGACCCUAAUUCAAUAAGUGGUGGCAAAUUGUUAGAUAUCAGCCCACACUCCUUAAAUAGUCUUAAACAAAACUCGGAAACAGUGAAUAGAAAGCGAUCGCGUCUAGAAGGACUUGUAUCAAAAAUAGCUACACAUCAGGGAGGGGAAGACAAUUGCAUUAAUAAGGAGAGUAUGAAACAAGGCAAAACGAAUCUCUCAACUUCCAUAUUAAUAGAUUCAGAAACAUCUUCCUGCCCACCACCAGGUAUUUUCGAGCCCUCGGUUGAACUAGAAAUACAGAUACCUUCUAUCAGUAAGCUCGCUGAAGCUACAACCGGAAUUAUAACAAAAUCGGAAAUAGAUUCACCACUUUUAUUGGAUCUAAAUCGAGGUUUUGUUAUGGCAAUGGGCAAAAGUGAAGGAACAAAGGUCGUGGAAACGUUACUCAAUAAAACUGGAGGCAAUUUACUACUGAAACGAAAACGAAAGAAGAUUAAUCGCACUGGAUUUCCAACGGUUAGACGUAAAAAGCGUAAAGUUAACGAACAAUUGAUAUCAGAUAUUACGCCAGUGAUCAGUAAAGAGCAAGUUGAAGAAGGAUUGAAAACAUUUGCUGCUCCAACGGCACAAAUUUGUGAUCGUGUCCCUCAGGCUGGAGAAACUUCAGAUACAUUCCUUGAGCGUAAUAAUCGUACGCCCCGAUUAUCAGUAGUAGCUCUUGAACGUUUACAAGAGACACCCAACCUCAGUCAAGGAGAGAGAUUGAGCAAUAUAGAUAAUUCGGAAGUAUCCACUCCCAAAACUCGACAGACAAGAAUUCAAUGUAAACGCAAGAUUGCAAAAGAAGAACCGUUACUGCUUACGCCGAAAGUUUCUCAAAUGACGUCACAAAAAACUAUACCGAAUACUACUGAAGAAUAUAAAAAGCUACAUGUGCCAAGGAUGAGACGUUCCAAAGUUAUAAAUCAAGAGAUUAAACCUCCGAUUAAGCCAAUCACUUUACCAAUAAAACAGGUACGCAAACCUGCUAAAAAAUCUGUGAUUGAUACCAAAGUCAAGUUACCGGCCGGCAUAGAUCCAAAUACUAAUUUCAGUUGCAAAAUUCGACUUAAACGCAGAUCUUCCAUGCAUCCUACUACAACUAUUCCGCAACCAAUCCCGAUUGAUGACCUGGAAAUGAUAAGUACGCCUGAAGAAGUGGAAGAGCAAUCAUCUGCUAAGGAUUGCAAUAUUGACCAUUUAGAGCAAGACAUUUUGCCCUUAACGGAGACUCAAAUAGGUUUAAUAUUAAUAGAUACCGAAGCCAGCGAUACUAGUGACGAAAAAUCAUCGAUAAAUUCUUUAGUAAUAAAAAAAGCACGUCUCGUUAGGAAGACAUAUCUGCCCGCAGGGCUGUUUUCCGAUUAUUUUAAAGUACCUCAGUUGUUAACAAAGAAGCCUAUUAAUCGAAAAGACGCCGAAAAGAAGGAAACAACAAAUAUUAUUCCAUUGGAAGCGGCAGAGAGUAAUGCUGAUCUUGAAGUGCAUAAAUCUCUAUUGCCGCCACCUCCCUACUGCGAGAGAUAUUUUCGACGUACUCUAAUAGAUUUUGAACUGCCACACGAUAUUUGGUGGGCAUAUAAAAAUUGUAAAUUGCCGUCCCGCAUUAUGGUGCCCUCUUGGAACUAUCGUAAGAUUCGUACCAACAUUUACGCUGAAUCCGUGCGACCGCCAAAUAUGGCUGCCAACGAUCAUCCGAUGUGUAAUUGCAAACCUGAAAUAGGUUGCGGCGAUAACUGCCUUAAUCGUAUGGUAUACACGGAAUGCUCUCCGGCAAAUUGCCCAACAAAAGAGAAAUGUCGCAAUCAGAAAAUUCAACGACAUGAAGUGGCUGCGGGUGUAGAACGUUUUAUGACCGCCGACAAAGGCUGGGGAGUUCGCACAAAGCAACCUGUUGUUAAGGGCACCUACAUUUUAGAAUAUGUUGGGGAAGUUGUAACAGAACGUGAAUUCAAAGAACGCAUGGCCUCCAUUUAUCUUAAUGAUAAUCAUCAUUAUUGCUUGCAUUUAGAUGGAGGGCUAGUGAUAGAUGGCCAUCGCAUGGGCAGCGAUUGUCGCUUUGUGAAUCAUUCCUGUCAACCUAAUUGUGAAAUACAGAAGUGGUCUGUGAAUGGUUUGUCGCGUAUGGCUUUAUUUGCCAAACGCAACAUCGAAGAGGGUGAAGAGCUAACAUACGAUUACAAUUUCUCUCUUUUCAAUCCUUCGGAAGGACAACCGUGCCGUUGUAAUACACCUCAGUGUCGAGGCGUAAUUGGCGGAAAAUCGCAACGUAUCAAACCUUUACCUAUUGAAGCAAAGUUUGUCGCUGAGGUUUUGCCCAAGGAAAACCGUGCAAACCGUCAAAGGAAGCGUAAGGCACGUAAAAAUACGCAGCGCCAGACUAGUAAAGAUGUCAGCGCACCUACACGCAUGCAACCUCUCACUGAAAAGGAGAAAAAAAUCGUUAAACAAUACUCAGUUUUUUUAAUUCGUAAUGUAGAAACUAUACGGCGGCUUAGGAGAAAAAAUAAAUUCCAAGAUGCAAAAUGUCAAACUCCAACGAAUGUAACCUCGUCUAUGACAACUCUUGCAAACUUAUCGGUGCCAGCACCUGUAAUGCAACGUCGAUCUUCCACUCCGGCCAUUUUGGCGGCGCAGAUUACUGCUCUAUGUACCGCACGUAGCAUUAAAACACGUGGCCUUACAUUGGCAGUACAGGAUCCUGAAGUAGAGAAAAUGGCAAAAAUGGCUAAAAUACUCCGGGAUAUAUGUACCUUUUUGGAAUCGGUCAAAAAUCCUGAAAAUCAACAGGAAUCAUUGAUAUCCUUAGUAUUGCAAAGCGCGUCCCCAACGGGAGGAGGCAAUAGGAGGAAAAAAUCUUCAAUGAAAAUUACCCAAAAACAUCAACCUUUAGACCUGAAAAUCAUACAGACGAAUAUCGAACAAGGUUAUUACAAGUUUCCAGCUGAAUUUAAUGAUGAUAUUAAAAAACUAUUUACCGAAGCCAAACAAAAUCUAAAUUCAGAUGAGGAGAGCAAAUUGCAAAUGUUGGCGUGCCUCGAGAAGGCCUUUGAACAUGAGAAAUAUCAACAGUAUGAUUCCUUGAUGGAAAUAUUGAACAAUGAAUAUCUAUUAAAAGAUUUUAAAAAGAAAGAUGUAUCGAACGAAUGUAAGAAGUCGUCCAGUAGCGAAAUAACAAUCGAUAAUGCGGACGUAAACAGUAAUGAAAGCUCCUUAUCAUCGGUCACCCAAGGCGCCGUCAACGCCGCUACCUCCAACGAAGACAUCAUUAGUUGUAUAUGCGGGCUGUACAAGGAUGAAGGUUUAAUGAUACAAUGCUCGCGCUGUAUGGUGUGGCAACAUACCGAAUGCACUAAAGCGGAUGUUAAUGCCGAAAAUUAUUUAUGCGAAAAAUGUGAGCCGCGUGAGGUUGAUCGCGAAGUACCACUAGAUGAAUUUACCGAGGAAGGACAUCGUUACUAUUUGACGUUGAUGCGUGGCAAAAAUCUACAGGUCCGACAGGGAGAUGCCGUAUAUGUACUACGUGAUAUACCGAUUAAAGAUGAGGUUGGAAAUAUUUUGCCUUCCAAGAAGCAUACCUACGAAACUAUCGGUGAAAUUGAUUACAACGAAUGUGAUAUUUUUCGUGUGGAACGGCUAUGGAAAGAUGAAGAGGGCAAGCGAUUAAUAUUCGGGCAUCACUUUCUACGACCGCAUGAAACUUUUCACGAGCCUUCGCGUAAGUUUUACCCUAAUGAAGUGGUACGUGUACCUCUUUACGAAGUGGUGCCCAUUGAAUUGGUUAUAGGACGAUGUUGGGUAUUAGAUCGUACAACAUUCUGCAAAGGCCGACCUAUCGAGUGCACCGAUGAAGCGCAUUGUUUCAUUUGCGAACUGCGUGUUGACAAACAAGCGAGAUUCUUUUCAAAGGCAAAAAUGAAUUAUCCUACAUGUACGAAAAGUUAUGCAUUCCGUAAAUUUCAAGAAAAGCUACGUAUAUCGAAAACGUAUGCGCCGCACGAAGUUAAUCCAGCAUUAUUGAAAACCAAAAAACCGAAAACUGAACGUGAUACCGGCAGCAGCAGCAGUAUAUCGAGUACAAUUGCGGAUAAAUCUACAAAUGGUACGAGACACACAAUAUCAAAUUCUGCCUCGACUGCGAGACAAGAGCAUAAUAAUAAAGCAUCGCAACAACGAGCUAAUACUGCUGCUAUACGUAAACGUCAAACUAAUAAAAGCCCAGUUACGUCUCUCAUGGCUUUAAAUCGGGAAUUCGCACAAGCCACGACUAUGUCAAUCAAACAGAAACGCAUGCAUUUGGAAAUUGUCCUGAAAGCCAUUAAGCAAAAGUGCGACGUAAAUAGAACUUCAACUGCAAAUGAACCACCAUUAGAUUUAACUUAUCUUCUAACUGGACGUGGUGCUAGGCAACGCAAAACCUUAACGUCAUCAUUAAAUAGUUUGUAAAUAGACUACGAUCGUCUUGUUGUUGACCUUUUUUAUAUUCUUUAAAUGUUUUUCUUCUUUUUAAAUCCAUGUAAUUUUUUUUUCAAUUUAUUGAACCGGCAAUGAUUCCGGCAUUUAUUCGAGUUCUUUACUUUGUUGAUUCAAAUUGAUGUUGACGCUGAUAGAUGUAUUUGCGGUCACGUCUUUUACAUUUUCUGAUUUCAUAGCAAAUAUAUAUCGGUUUGGCGUUUAUUAUUCAUUAUAUAUUAAAAAUUUCUAAAUUUUCCUAAAUUCAUUUCUGAAUUUUGUGAUAAGUUUUGCUAUUUUGGUGAAAAAACCUACUGUGUUUCCAAUUAAGAGUUUUACAAAUUUAUUUCAUUAAAUUAAUUAGUUUACAAUGAUAAUAAUAACAAUAAUAAUAGUAACGCAUAAGGAACUUGUAAGAUAAACUUGUGUAAUAUUAUCAUCAUUACUGUCAUCACUUCAAUGAAAUUAAAUUCAGUAAAAUAUAUAAUUAAUGCAUGAAGUAAAAGUACGUCACAUCUAUUAACUAACUGUAAUAUAAAAAUGCAAAGAAAAAUAUUCUAUUGAAAUCUAAUUAAAAAAAAAAAAACACAAAAAACAAAAAAAAAACAAAAAAAUUUAAAUAUUGUCGUUCUUGAAAACUUUUCACAUGCAAUCUGUAAUCGCAGACAAAUAAACAUAUAUGAGUAAAGCCGGCUUAAUACCUGCUCAAGUAAAUUUGUUUUUAAAACAACUGAAAACUUUGAUUAUUAUUGCUAUU